GACAGUCAUGUGACGUAGCCUCAGGAAACCCCGAUGGAGGAAGCAGGAAGUUCGUCCAGCAAGACAAGACGCCUCGGAUCAUAAACAAUAUUCAAAGAAGCGAAUAAAAAUCUUUCAGGGAACAUUUAACAGAUUUAUAACCAUGGCUGGGAUUAAAGCUCUGGUUGGUCUUUCAUUCAGCGGCGCCAUCGGACUGACAUUUCUUCUUCUGGGCUGCGCACUGGAACAGUACGGGGUAUACUGGCCGCUUUUUGUGCUGAUUUUCUACGUGUUGAGUCCCAUCCCAACCUUCAUAUCCAGACGCCUGAGUGACGACGACUCCUCCAGCAACGCAUGCAGGGAGCUGGCCUACUUUUUAACGACGGGGAUCGUGGUGUCGUCUUUUGGACUCCCCAUUGUUUUGGCCCGAAACAGUACGAUCCAGUGGGGCGCCUGCGGCCUGGUGAUGACGGGGAACGCCGUCAUCUUCCUCACCAUCCUCGGCUUCUUCGUCAUCUUCGGAGGCGGGGACGAGUUCAGCUGGGAGCAGUGGUAGAGCGUGAGAAAAGCGCUCGGGCAGACGGGGCGGGUAGUUGGAUAAGUGAGAUGAAGCGACGGGCACGUUGAAUCGGGAGGGUGUAGGAAGAACAAAACCUUCACCAAGAUGAUUUUUCUUUCAUUCGGGGGGUCGGGGUAGGGGGGGUUUUAGAUUUAGCAGGCAGUACUUUUUAUGCUUAUGAAUGUGCCUUAAGACUCCGAGGCCUCCAGCCCCUUUAGCCACCGACUCUAUCCAUUAUGUCUCAUGUGUUUUAGCUUGCCUUAGCUUAAACUUCCAAAGCGGCCUCUUAUCGAAGCUAUCAUCCUUAUCACCGUGCCUCGGCUUAUUGUUAUUUUGGGUCCCAUUCAUUUUGAAUGGGAUCCAUUCAAAAAGAAAAAAAAGAAGUUGUAAUUCACAAUGCGAAGCUAACUGUCUGUUCUGAAUCAUGGCUUACGUAACACAAGCGCUGUUCGCUUUUAAAAGUUGGAAGGUGUUAAACGACGGUAGGAUGCAGGGCUGAGGCGUUCCUUGGUUCUCUUUGUAUUUCUUUUUCUCAAUACUUUUUUUUUUUUUUUUUUGGGGUUCUUUCUCAUCUUGUCGCAAUUGUUUACAUCUUCACCAAAGAUCACAUCCGACUGCAACAACAACAAAAAAAUAGAUGUUGUCCAAUCCAGAGAAAGCUUCCUUAUUCAUUUCACGAACAAACAAAAUGGAGAACAGACACUAAUGAUCAUGGUUAGUAAUUUCUUUGAUGCGUUUUUUUUUUUGGCACAAUUUGAGUAGCUCAUUCUGCUAACAUACGCUUUGAAGCCAAGUGCACUUCUCCACUUUGAACUUCUCCAUAACCGUCUGCCUUAUGUAAUGCGUCUUUAAUUAGUAAAGAAUUCACUGAUGUCUGACUUGCUUUCUCUUGAAUCAAUAUUACAGCCUCAUAUUCUGUUCGCCGUUGUUGAUGGGAGUCAGACUGUGUUGCCCCUCUCAUUGAAAACUGUAGUUAUUGUUCUAUGUAACGUUCUGUUUCUUUAGCAUUAGCUUCACAUCUGGGGGUAAGAUAAUAUAUUUUGUGUAAAACUGACACUUUGUCUCUUGGUAGAAUUUCUAUUCUUUAUAUUGUAACUUCCUUACACACUAAGGAGAACAUCGAGGUUAUUUUAUUUACGAGCUCCAAUCAUGUUCUCUAGCAUUUAAUAAAACUUUGUGUUGUAAA